ACGACAGUCUGGAGGGCAGCGAAGCAGCCGUGAACGUCACAGUCAAGAUGGCGUUGCGCAUGGUGUGCGCCGCAGUUUUACGGAACGGGACAGAUUUAGGGGUCAAUAAUGCCAGGGCAUUUGGUACAACAGCAUUCCUCUGCCGAUUGACCCCCCCACUGGGUCCUAUGCCGAAUGAGGAUAUCGAUGUUGAAGACCUGGAAUCAGUAGAAAAAUAUCGCAGCUACACCCGUUACUUCAAACAAGCAGAGGAGGCGCAGAGGAAGCCUGUCUGGUGGAGGACCUACAGGAAGCAUGUGGAGCAGGCAGACCCUGGGCACGGUGCUGAGCCAGUGAACAUCGGCCUGCCGCAGAGCCGACCCUGCAGGAUCAAAGAGGCGAGGGAGAGGAAGCAGGCGUUGAAGGAGAACAAGAAGAAUGUGGACCUGGAGAGGGCUACGCGUUUACGCACUUUCAAGAUCCCUCUGGAUCGAGUGCAGGAAGCCUGGGAGAAGACCAGCGGUCCAUCUCAGAUAAAGAGAGUGGCAGAGCACUACGGAGUCUUCAGAGAUCUCUUCCCCAUGGCCUAUUUUCUACCUCAUGUCCCACUCCGGGUUACCUAUGGCCAGGAAAACAGCAGCCAAGUGCAUUUUGGGAAUAGGCUGACACCUACUCAAGCAGCAUCUGCUCCUCUGGUCAGCUUUGAGGCAGAGAAGGGCUCCCUGUGGACAUUGCUGCUCACCUGUCCAGAUGAACAUCUCCUUGACAAUGACGGGGAGUAUGUACACUGGCUAGUGGGGAACAUACCAGAGGGGGAUGUGCUCUCCGGAGAAGAACUGUGUCAUUACCUGGCUCCCUUCCCUGCCAAAGGAACAGGUUUUCACCGCUAUAUUUACGUCCUCUUCAAGCAGGAGGGACCCAUCAACUUCCAGGAAGACAUCAGGCAAACGCCGUGUCACUCUCUGUCAGAUCGUACAUUCAAGACAGUGGAUUUCUACAGGAGGCACCAAGACAGCAUGACCCCGGUGGGCCUGGCCUUCUUCCAGUGCCAGUGGGACGAAUCUGUCACCACCACCUUUCACAACACACUCAACAUGAAGGAGCCGGUAUUUGAGUUUGUUCGGCCUCCAGUCUACCACCCUCCACAGGUCAAGUACCCUCACAGUCAGCCCCUGCGCUACCUGGACAGAUACAGAGAUGGAAAGCAGCACACCUUUGGAAUAUACUGAUUAUGGAACACACACCUGACAAGCUCUGCAUCACACACACACUGAAAUGUGGAAUUAUGGUCAACGUAUGUUAAUAUAAUAAAACAUGUUUUACACUGA